UCUGCAGUGCGUUGUUGUUUGGCUUGCCUAAUUAAUUCCUCUUCUUUCCGCAGCCGCAGAGCCUUGGCCUGAAAAUGCUGCGUUGUAUCAGCAGCUGAAGGAAGACCAAAUUUUGCUCUCUGAUAAUGCAGCUUCCCUUGCUGUUCAGGCCUUCUUGCAAAUGUGCAAUCUGCCGGUUCGGGUGGUUUGCAGGGCCAAUGCUGAGUACAUGUCCCCAUCUGGCAAAGUGCCCUUUAUUCAUGUGGGAAACCAAGUAGUAUCUGAACUCGGACCCAUAGUCCAGUUUGUGAAAGCCAAGGGCCAUUCUCUCAGCGAUGGGUUGGAUGAAGUCCAAAAAGCUGAGAUGAAAGCCUACAUGGAAUUAGUCAAUAAUAUGCUCCUGACAGCAGAGCUCUAUCUGCAGUGGUGUGAUGAUGUUACAGUAGAGGAGAUUACUCACCCAAGGUAUGGCUCUCCUUACCCCUGGCCUCUUAACCGCAUUCUGUCCUAUCAGAAGCAAUGGGAGAUAAGGAGAAAGAUGAAGGCCAUUGGGUGGGCUGGCAAGUCACUUGAACAGGUGCUUGAAGAUGUAGACCAGUGUUGUCAGGCUCUCUCCCAGAGAUUAGGAACACAACCAUAUUUCUUCAAUAAGCAACCAACUGAAUUAGAUGCUCUGGUAUUCGGACAUCUGUUUACAAUCCUUACUACUCAACUAAUCACUGAUGAACUCUCUGAAAAAGUGAAAAACUAUGGUAACCUCACAGCCUUUUGUAGGCGAAUAGAGCAGCAGUACUUCGAAGGUCACGACAAAGAUAGCUCUGCAACUGCUUCAGCCAGAUGUGCUAAAAGGUCCUUACUGAGAUAAGCGUGUUGUUUGAUGCAUUUCUGUUUUGGUUUUUGUUGUUUAUUGAGUUGGUUUUGAAAAUGCUUGUUGAAUUGGUUUUGAAGCUGCCAAAUCAUUCUGAAGCAAGAACUCCUCUCUAAAAGUAGUUUUAGUGUUGUAGAACACACUGUGCACGUUUAACUUGAAAUGACUGUAUGGGCACCUGGAUUUCAAUAGGCUGCAUGCCACUUACUCUGAAGUGACCUUGGAAGAAUAUUGUAUCUGUACUAAAAAGAAUAAAAUAUUUGUAAAAGUU